ACUCGUCUAAAAUGAAAUGUCAUCAACGUUACCAAAACGACAAAUCGAUAUAAUUUAAUAAGUUUAACUAGCUUUACUUGAUACUUAUUUUUCAAUUAUAGGUUUGGUUGAAGGAUUAAAUAGGUGUAUCACAAUUACAAAAAAAUUAUAGCAUAUUCUUGGAGGAUUCCCUAGUUCGAGGACAUGCGGCUUGAACUUUCUCUGUUGGUAGUGGCAAUAUUGUGCCUUGUACCAAAACCGUUAGUAGUCGCAGAUAAUUUUGAAGAUAAUGAUUUCGCCGAAUUCGAAGAUUUUGACGAUGAUGAGUUUGUCGUGGGAAACGCGGCUGGACAGCAGCUGGAAAACGGUGAGGCUGAUUUAGUAUCCGGCAAAGUUAAUGGGAAUAGCCCCAAAAAGGUGGAUAAUGUUAAUGAUUUCGCUGAUAUUGAUGAUAACGAUGAAGACGACGCUGUAGUAGAGGAUGAAGAAAAUGAAUUUGAACACUUUCAAGACGAGGAAGAGUUUGAAGGAUUUUCUGGGACAGCAAACGAGGCAGAAGAUGUGAAGCCUGGAGAUUCGAAAAAAACGGAACCCAAGUUAACAAUGGCUAAAGUGCCCAUGCAUUUCAGAACUCAUUGGGACUCAUAUUGGAUGGAAAUGCUAAUGCUUGCUGGGCUUCUAGCAUACUUUGCUAACUAUUUGAUUGGAAACAAAAAGAACACUUCAAUAGCUAAUUUAUGGUUAUCAACUCACAAGAGUUUGUUGGAAGAUAACUUUGUCCUCGUUGGGGAUGAUGGUAAAAAAGAAACCGAAGGGUCCACUCUAAGUUUCAUUAAAGAAAGCGAAAGUGUUUAUACGCUUUGGUGCAGUGGUCGGGCCUGCUGCGAAGGAAUGCUUGUUGAAUUAAAGUUGAUUAAACGACAGGAUCUUGUUUCUCUGAUAGCUGGUAUUAUGAAACCAGUUAAUGAUCAACUGCAUAUAAAAGUAGAAAUUUCACCCGAUGCUAUGGAUAAUUAUGUAUUUUGCGUUGCAACUAAAAAGCAGGCUACAAAACUGUUCAAAGAUAUGAACGAUUUGAACAAAUUUUGCACUCUAGUCAACAAAACUGAAGAAAAGUACAAUAUUAUGGGUUAUUCAUUGUUAUCGGAGAUUGCAGAAGCAUCCUCCACUUUGUUAGAUAGUAGAUUGAUAGCAGCUUUAAAUAAGUAUUCACAUUUGAUCGAAUAUAUUCACGUGUCGGAUCAGUACAGUGGUCCAGUUCAACAAGAUGAUCCCAAUACUCUCAAGCAACCGGAAGUAAAGCGUAUUCUUCAUUGUGGUUUCAAUAUACCGGCAAAAAUUGAAAUGGAGGAGUUAAAGCCAUUGCUGGUUUUGGUAUUGUAUAUGAUGGAACGUAUCAGGCGCUUCCGUUUAUCUAAAGAGGGAAAAGCAAAGUCUGACAAAAAUCGUGCACGUGUUGAAGAGGAAUUUAUGAAAAAUACUCACGCGGCUCGAGCAGAAGCUGCCGCACAACGUCGUGAAGAGAAACGGAAGGCUGAAAAAGAAAAAGUUCUAGCUAACGAUGACCCUGAAAAACAAAGACGUUGGGAAGAAAAGGAACGGAAGCGUCUCGAAAAGAAGCGUCCAAAGAUGAAACAACUUUCGAUCAAAGCUCUAUAAGUUUCGAUUUACCAAAUUUCUCAUGAAAGAACACCGUUACAUGUAGUUUUCGAUAUGUGAAUUACAUGUCAUCGUGAUUACAAAUAUACUGUGCGAACAAAAUAAUACCCUGCUUGUAUCCUGUAUGUGAAUGAAUUUAGUUCGAUUAUAAUCAAUCAA